ACUCGGUUCAUUCAUUCAUGUAUUUGUCAAAUUGUCAUACGCGUCGCCGAUGUGUCAGUGGUCGAUCGUUGUAUAGUGUGUUAUUUGUGUCGUAAAUGUGGUUCGAUUAUGUGAUAAUGAGAAGACACGCGCUUUACAACAUUAUUAUUAAGUGAUGCAUGUGUUUUGAGUUUAGCAUCGUGUUAAAAAACGUUGUUUUCAUUUGUAUGUCAUUGGACUCUUCAAUAUGGCGGCCCCUCGUCACAAAUCACAACAGAAAAAUAUAUCUUCGUUAAUUUCGAAGUUACACGGGGCGUUCUCGGAUGCAGUAUGCCCUACUAAACUUGCGACCGAUAAAAGGACAUUGGAUAAGACUUGGAAGUUGAUGGAUAAAGUGGUGAAACUGUGUCAGCAUCAUAAGAUGAAUUUGAAAAACAGUCCGCCGUUUAUCCUGGACAUUCUGCCGGAUACGUACCAACGUUUGCGUGUGAUAUACUCGAAGUACGAGGACAACAUGCAGGCGUUGAAUAGCAACGAACAUUUUAAUAUAUUUAUAAUUAAUUUGAUAAGGAAAUGUAAGCAGGCUAUAAAGUUGUUUAAAGAGGGAAAGGAGAAGAUGUUUGACGAGAACUCUCACUACAGACGUAACUUGACGAAGCUGAGUUUGGUGUUCAGCCACAUGCUGAGCGAGCUGAAGGCGAUGUUCCCUAACGGGACGUUCGCCGGCGAUCAGUUCCGCAUCACCAAGAGCGACGCCGCCGACUUCUGGAGAACAAACUUUGGAAACAGUACACUGGUGCCAUGGAAGAUAUUCCGCGAAGAGUUGAACAACGUGCAUCCCAUAUCAUCAGGGCUCGAGACGAUGGCGCUCAAGACCACCAUAGACCUCACGUGUAACGACUUCAUAUCCAAUUUCGAGUUUGAUGUUUUUACGAGGUUAUUCCAACCGUGGAGUACACUGCUCCGCAACUGGCAACUCCUGGCGGUGACGCACCCAGGCUACGUGGCGUUCCUCACGUACGACGAGGUCAAGGCGAGGCUCCAGAAGUAUAUACAUAAAGCUGGCAGUUAUGUGUUUAGGUUAUCGUGUACUCGGCUAGGCCAAUGGGCGAUAGGCUACGUGACGGUCGACGGUGAAAUCUUGCAGACGAUACCGCAGAACAAAAGCCUAGUGCAAGCGCUGUUAGACGGCUACAGAGAGGGAUUCCGGUACCACGCUUUCAGCUACCUGUACCCUGACGGUCGCGAUGUGAACCCGGACCUCAGCAGUGCCAUCAUAUCGCCGGCCGAAGAUCAUAUCACGGUCACUCAGGAGCAGUAUGAGUUGUAUUGUGAAAUGGGUAGCACGUUUCAAUUAUGUAAGAUUUGCGCGGAAAACGACAAGGACAUCAGGAUAGAGCCCUGCGGACAUCUACUAUGUACGCCGUGUCUUACAGCCUGGCAAAUUGACUCGGAGGGUCAGGGCUGCCCCUUCUGCCGCGCGGAGAUCAAGGGCACCGAGCAGGUCGUCGUCGACGCCUUCGUGCCGCCCAGGCCGCCUAAUACUACACAAGAUAAGAACACAAAGACUGCAGUUAAACAGGUGUCAUCAAAUUCGUCCGGUUCAUCCGGAUCAUCCGGGUGUAACGGAUCCAGUGUAGAAACAUCGAUAUCCGGCAACUCGAACGGCUGGGCGUCUAGGAACGCCACAUUCAACGGACUUACCGACGAUAUUGACGAUGCAGAGGACUGGGCGGAAUUCAACGCGGCAACAUCGACAAUAGACGCGUUACGGCCCUCAGUCCGCUCGCCCCUCGCGUCCCCGCGCCAGUCCCCGCGCAGCUCGCGGCGCGGGGCCACGCGGCCGGAGAACGCGUACGGCGAGCUGCGCGCGCCGCCGCUGCCGCCGCGCAAGAGCCUGUCGCCCGCCGAGCCCGCCAUCCUCGCCGCCCUCAGCGUGCAGGAUAUAGCUGCUGCUAGUAGUGCGCACGUCCCGGAGCCCAGAAGACGUUCGUCUCUCGAACCGGAGCCGGACUCGCGGCAUCGGCUGACUUCCAUCAUCACUGGCUCCACGGAAACUAUCACCGGCGUCAUUGACACCAGACACGAGGUGCCACCCGACCCCAGAGCCUUCGAGAAGCCCCGUCGCGCGUGCACCCCACAGUCUAACAGCCGCCCCCUCCCCGCACCCCCGCCCGAACGUCCUUCCGACACACCCACCCCCACCGAACCCAAACCCGAAAUCCGAUACAACUCGGACCGACCAGAACCCCUGCCGAACAGACAAGAAAACCAGACCAGACAACUCCCAAACCCACCUGAAAACAGACAGCCACCUAAUCCCCCCGAGAACAGACAACCCCCAGAAACCAGACAGCCACUCAACCCACCAGAUAAUAGACACCAUGUGCCAGAAAAUAGGCCAAACACACACAUGCAAGAAAGACAAGAGAGGCACCUGCAAGACAAUAGGCAAGAGAGGCCCGAACGUUGCGAGAGUCGGCAAGAACGCCACAUCCCCACCCCAGACUUAAGACAAGAGAAUAGACACGAAAUACGCGUCAUAGACAAUCGUCAAGACCGACACGUGCCAGAGAAUAGAGAAAAGUUAGAAAGACAUCUUCCUUUGUCGGACAGUCGGCACACGGAUUUCCGUCUACCCCCCGAAAGACCACCGGAAAAACCGGAUAGGAUAAUAGAAUCUAGGUGUAGUUUUGACCGGGAGACUAGGCUAGAAAAUAGGGCUCCGCCUAGGCAAAGGUCUUUGCCGGCGACCACUAGUGGGAGUGUAGACCAGCCCACUAAGUCUACGACUAUGCCUAAAUUCCCUUCUGAGGACAUAAAAGACCCACCGUACGAAAAUGUGGCUGUGGAGAAGAACGAGUUGGCUGUUGCAGCAAAGAAAAUCAACCCCCUAACUCACGACAAACACGGUAGGAAAUACGGCGACAACGUAUCGUACGAAAACAUUAAUUUAGACUACAUUGCGCGUUUAGUAGGGGAAGGUUAUCCCAAAGACAUAGUUGUACGCGCAUUGGGCAUCACCAGGAACGAUUUAGAAAUGGCCUGCGAUAUAUUGCACGAGUUUGGAUCUAAAGUACCUAAUAAGUGUUAAUGGUAGGUAGUUUGUUCUUUGAAUUGUGCGUUAUGAUGGUGUUAAUGGUCGUUUUGGAGAUUGACCGGUCAAUGUGCAAAAUUAUUCAUUUUAUUUUAGAUCGAUGACUUGAUAAGACAAACAUCACAUUUUAACCGACUUCCCAAAAAGGAGGAGGUUCUCAAUUAGUCAGGAUUAAAAAAAAACUGUUUGCAAAGACGGCCACUUACAUCAUCAAAUCGUUACUAACAGGUUUAGAAUUCGUACCUUAUGAACUAAAUAUAAGUCUGAUUUUAACUUGUACAUAUUUCAGUGUCAUCGUUUGAUAAAAGUCUUCAUAGUAAACUGACCUUUAUUGCUUAUGAAAUAACCACUAUUUCACUUUGAACAAUAGCAGCGAAUAUUCCUAUAGUCAGUAAUUUGCUACGGGUUUUAUUUGAGCACAAAGAUAUACGCAAAUUAAUAUAUCAUUUAUUUUAUCUGUAUGCUAGCUGGCUCUAUUAAAAUGGCUGACAUUAAGUGCAUCUGUCAAGCACCAAUGACAUUUGUGUUACAGCUAAUAUGCGAAAUGACUGGCAAUACCUAAAUUACAAACUUUUGAUAAUGAGUUUUUCACUUUUAAAUCAUACCUAGUAAUAUGUACUAGUAAGUAUAUCGCAAGAUAAAGUAAUUUUAAAAGUUUUUUAUACAUCGUAUACAAGACCGGACUUAAAAUUAUUUCACAGCUUCUGCAAAUAUCAACUGUCUAGCGAUUUUAAACAAGCUAAGACCUACGACAGAAGUUCAGUCGAAGUCUAUUCUAUGAAUUCAAAUUCAAAAGAAAUAUUCAACUUCGAAUCCACCACUUUUUCACAAUCACCUCCUAUCCGCUUUGGUGGAGUAUUUGCCUUAGUUGUAACAUAGAUGGCAUGCGGUCAAACACUAAAAUCAACCUUAAACACAGAAAUAAAGCACAAAUUCCAAGCACAAGCCAUGACGAAUCUUCCGAAAUCCUGAAUUUAUACUGUAUUGUUCUUAGGUGCGUAUGAACAUAGGAUGGUAGUACAAAAUUGACCUUACGCUCGUAUACAGAAAAUAACAGUAGAAUUUUUGUAUAGUAGAGGUGAGUUGUACCAUGUAUAAGAUUAAUCGAUCUAUAACCGGCCAUCAAAUUGGUAUCAGUUAAGGCCCAAGUUCAUCAACAACAUCGUCAGUUUUUUCACGUGAAAUUUUCAAAGUAAAGCACAUCUUUGGGAAAAUUGAUGUCAUAUUAUUGCUGAACCAUUUUCAGCAAUAAUAUGACAUGAAUUUCGACGAUUGACGCCCAAAUCGACGAUUUGACGGCUGGUUAUGGUUCGGUUAUCAAUAUAAUUAAACUGUGCAACGAACUCUAAAACUUCUUUUUUUAUCAAUGCAUUUAAUAUUAUGAAAACAAAUCUUAUACCGUUAGGUCAAUUUUGUGCAAACCACGUGAAAUAAUAUACUAUUACUCUAGAAUACGUUUACGAUCAUUAGUAUAGCUAAAAAUAUCACUAAAGUUGAAUUUGUUAUAAACAAGCGUCAUACUAUUAACUUUAAGUAAAAACUAAACUUCAGUAACGGUAAGUAAUUUUAAUAGGUAAUUAUUUGGCGCAGUAGUGUUGUAACAUCAUGUCUAAAAAUCGACGCAAAGUCAGCAUUGUCCGGUCAAAGUAGACAAUGCCUUUCACUCCCUGGCAAUUACGAAGAAUGGCUAAAUAAUGUUUAGCUGCUAAUUGAGGGGAAAUAUUGAUUGCUUAGCUGUGAUUUUCAAGUCUGCAUUGUCAGGCAAAGUAAUUAAUAUAAACUUUUUGUGGCUCUCAUGCACAAAUGAAAAAUGUAUGCAAGAGUCAAAAUGUGGCAGAUUGGCGAACUGUCAAUAUAUGUAGAUGGUGUUCAUAAUUAUGACCUUAAUCGCCACAAAACAACAUCCUGUCGUGUAAAUCUAAAAUCGUGAUAGUAUUACAUAGAUCAAUAUAAUAAACUUAUAUUUAAGGCACAUUUCAUGUAUUUAUUUCGCAUCAUUUUAGUGACACUAAAACUUAUUCCAGUGUUUUCUUUUAUUUUAUCAGUAUUCAUUUUAACUCAAUAUAUUUUUCAUUGAUUUAUUAAAUAAAGCUUUGUAAAUAGUUACUUGUACGAAUAAAUAAUGCCUAUAUUUUCAUAUAAAAUCGCUGUCUCAUAAUGUUUACUUAAUAGUGGUUCAUAUAGAAUAUAUUUUUUCAUAUUUAUGUCAUAUUCCUGUAUGAGAUAAUACAAAUUUUGACACUUCGACUUAUGACACUUGCAAUAUUUAAUGUCUAGUUUAACACUUAAAAUUGUUGAUGUAAAUAAUAAUUAAUAUUUAUAUUUUUUUGGAUAUAAAAAUAAACUCGUACGUGUUGCAUUGAUCUUCCUUUUUGGUAUAAUAUUAGGAAAAAAAAGAUGUAGUUAGUUUGAUAAGUUUUUACUAAAAACAAAUUCUUUUUGAAAUUCGAAGAGCUUACGACGGCACCAACGUUUCCUGAUAUUGUUCUUCGUAUUUUUCUAUACAAAAAAAAAUAUUUUGUAAAAGUGCAAUUUUCAUAAUUGUUCGUCUUUUCUUUUUUAUAUUGCUUAUACAACUUGUAAGAAAACUGCUUCAGAUCUUAUUAGUUUUACUUUUUCAAAUAUUACUUUUUGGUUUAUUCCCAGUUGAAUUACGAAACAAUUUUGACGCAGUUUUCUCAAGACAAUUAAUGUGCUUAGUGAAUGAAUUGACUGAAUUUUUAGGUUAUAAUCUAUCUAGUCUUAAUAUUUCACUUUUUUGCUAAUUUCAUCUGUUCGUUUAUAAUAGUUAAUUAAAUGAGGAUGCUAAUAAAUUGUAAUUAAUGCCAAUAAUUCUUAAUAUUACAUCUUUGAUGAAUAGUUCGUAGUUUCCACUGACGUUUUAGGUACCUACCUAUUAAUUAUGAGUGAAUACAUAUCCACCACACUACUAGUCAAGUUUCACUUUUUUUAAUAAAAAUGUUUUGCAUAGGUACUUUGCUUAUACAUUUUUAUUUAAAAAGAUGUAAUGUUAGUAUUUUGUGAUUAACAGGUUGAGUGUACAUUUGAGGAUUUCAAGUAUAAAAUAAAACUUUUAUACUAAUGUCAUUGUUAUGCACACUACACAAGUCCAUGAUUAAAGCAGGGAUAUCUAUUAAAUAAUAAGCAAAAUUUAUGUUUGAACAUAAAUCACUACAAACUUUAUCUACCACAGAGCUUACCUCAUUGUGAAAUCCUGAAAUGUACACCUACCCUUAUUGUAAUUCCCUUAUAACUUAAAUUUUCGAAUACGCGAGCUGUAAUAAUCAUAAUUUCCUUUAAAAGCGCGUAUUGCUUCUUAUUAAAUUAGUUUUACGACAAAAUAUUAGUAAUUAUUUAUAUUUAGUCAAAUAAUUGUUUAUAUUUAUAAUCUCACGAGCAUCACAAAAUAUUAUUGUUUCAAUUUAAUUAAUUUAACGAAAUAUUAUUUUUUUUCAACAUAACCAGUGAAUAAAUGAUUUCAAUCAAAAUACCGUAAUGGCCUAAACAUUUUACAUAACAUUGACUGGUCAUUAUCCGAAAUGACCACUUUAAAAAUGUUAGCUAAAAUUGGUAUUUGAUUGUUACCAUUCAAGAGUACAGUUAUUUAUUAUGUUUUUUUUUUCCAAAGAGAGAGAUUCAAAAACAAGUAGAUAUUCAUAUCAUGGGACAAUAUUUUGCGGUUGCCAUAUACCUUGAUGUACAAUGCACUUUUACCAGUGUUAGUUGUUACUGGCUAAUGUUAUUAAUAUUAUGAGGGUCCUGGAGAAACUGUGUAAUGGCAUUGUUAGAUAAUGACUAGAAGGAAUUUUGCGAUGAGUCUUAGAAAAUCAUUUUUUUUUUUAUUCGGAUAUUUCAAUGUAUUGACAUUUUUGGUGAGAAUAUGUAAUCUUAUAAUUUUGACACAUCUGAUUCUUUAAUGUUUUUUUUGUAUGAAAAUUAUUACCUAAUCGUAUUGUUAUUAUUUUGUUUAUUUGCGUUAUAAAUUGAUGUUUCUUUUGGUGGAUUGUAUGAAUUAAAUAGGUUUGUAAAAAUAUUAUUGCGAUGAUAAUAUCAGUUGUCUUAUACAUUGAUGAGAAGGUAAAAUAUUAUUUUUGAAAAUAAAGCGCCAUCUAACGGAUGAAUUGUCAACGGAAUGUUUUGGGGAGGCUACGUUUUGUUUUACGCUUUAGUAAAAAUACGUUGCUAAAUAUAUUUAAGUAAAAUUAUA